CCUGGCAAGUGGGCAAUUUCGUAAUUUGACACCCGCCGUUUAAAUCUUAUUACCUGUACCGCCGGAUUUCGCACGUUGGCUGUUGUCUUCCCAUACUGACGCGUCUCUUUGAUUCACCAGCACAGAAUUUCUCGACAUUGAGACCUGGCACAUCGACAAGUCUUCCUUAGACUACACGAGUGACUUCAAGUCCCCAAUAUCCAGCCUCAAAAGCGACAAAUAUCGACUGCAUUGUCUCAAGCCUUCUGCCGUAGCGUCCCCUGACGCUACAGCAUCCUGCUCAUCCUUAUCGAGUGCCAAUCUGGCCUAAGCCUCCACGGCUUUCGAUCUCGGGACUUUUUUUUAUCGUGAUUUUUCAUCCGCCGCCGGCUCUUUAGUCCUUGACAACAACACCUGGAACCCAAAGGCUCUUUGAUUUCCGCGCAUCCGCGAUAACCUCCUACACAAUGGCGGACAAGAAGAACGAAGAUUUCGUCGUCAGGAUGCCUGAUUCGGGCACCGUUGAGAAGGAGCCCUUUUUGGCCCGAUCGCCACCUGCUAGGGCCCGUACUGGCAGCGGCGGUGGUUUUGGUGACAGCUUCUCGCUCGCCAAGGUCGCCAACAACCCUCCGGUUUCGAUCCUGGCCUACUGCCUUUCCUCGAUCAGCAUGACUGUUGUCAACAAAUACGUCGUCUCGGGAAGUGAAUGGAACCUGAACUUCUUCUACCUCGCCGUCCAGGCCAUUGUGUGCAUUAUCGCCAUUAUGUUCUGCAAGCAAAUCGGUGUCAUCACCAACUUGGCACCCUUUGAUAGCGUCAAGGCGAAGAAGUGGUUUCCCAUCUCUCUGCUUCUCGUCGGUAUGAUCUACACCAGUACCAAGGCACUUCAAUUCCUCUCGGUUCCUGUCUACACCAUCUUCAAGAACUUGACCAUAAUUGCCAUUGCCUAUGGUGAGGUCCUCUGGUUUGGAGGCAGCGUCAGCCCCUUGGCUUUGGUCUCGUUUGGCUUGAUGGUUCUCAGCUCCGUAGUUGCUGCUUGGGCCGACAUUCAGAGCGCCAUCCACGGUGGCUCGCACCCCGCUGAGGCUUCUACAGCCAUCUCAACUCUCAACGCCGGCUACGCUUGGAUGGGCAUGAACGUCUUUUGCAGCGCCGCUUACGUUCUGGGCAUGCGAAAAGUCAUUCACAAGAUGAACUUCAAGGACUGGGACUCCAUGUUCUACAACAACCUGCUCACCAUCCCGGUGCUCAUUGUCUGCUCCCUCAUCGCCGAGGACUGGUCAUCUGCCAACUUGGCCAGGAACUUUCCUGUCGAGUCCCGCAACUCUCUCUUCAUUGGCAUGAUCUACUCUGGUUUGGGCGCUAUUUUUAUCUCGUACUGCUCGGCCUGGUGCAUCCGUGUGACGACCUCGACGACAUACUCCAUGGUUGGCGCUCUCAACAAGCUCCCGAUUGCUAUCAGCGGUCUUAUCUUCUUCUCAGCCCCCGUCACCUUUGGUUCCGUUUCGGCUAUUGCCAUCGGCUUCAUCAGCGGUAUCGUCUACGCGUGGGCCAAGGCCAGGCAAUCUUCUCAGGCCAAGAGCGCGCUGCCAACACAGCAGCCCGUCAUGAGCGCGAGUUCCCAGAGCAACAAGGACGCUUCGAACUCUUGAAAAAACGACUAUUGCACGAUGUUUGCGGCGUUUUUGCCCCGUGGAAUAAUUUGCUGUCUCGUUGCACCGCUGAGGACUGCGGUCCGUGGUCUGCAAUUCAAAUAAGAAUCCCGCAUUCAGCGUUGGGAAAGUUGGCCUUGUUGUUACUUCAUUUCUCAUUUGUCAUUUCGUGUAAAUCAAGCUCCAUUUUGUCUUGAACUCUUUUUAAUCGUCGUUUAUUUUGUCCAUUUGUCAUAGAGGUCAUUCGGCGCGCGCGCAACGGUCUGCCGACGGAGAUGGCAGAAGCAAACACUGGGCACAGCACAGACCUGCAAGACUCCAGAAAGACUUGCGAACGGACACAUGAAGCUUCUUGGGUUGGCGUUCUGGUUUGAAAGAAGGAAGGAAAGCCGUGCACCUGCAUUAUUAUACACGGGCAGCAGGCCGGCAGGCAUAUGGCCGUAUAGAAGAUCAGAUGAUGAGAUGAAAAUGUACACGUCAAAGUAGCGAAGAUAGCUGAUCACUAUCGAAUGCCUAUUGAACCUUAGGUACAAAAGCCAUUAAUAUUAUCC